AUGAAUACGUACCCAGGCCUCAGCCCUGCCUGGAAGAAGCUGUUGUUGACAGGCACCCUGCUGGCCUCCUGCACUUGCUCUGCCCCCUCCAAGCUGCCCCAGACAAAAGGAGCCAGCGAGCACCUGCCUGUCCCCAGAGCCAUUGAUGGAGUUCUCUCCACUUCUUAGUUCCAAGAGCUGGAAGCCCGGCCAGCAGCCAGAAUCUCUCCCAAGGGCCUCCUGGGGCUAGUUCACACCAGCCAGGAGGCGCUGCACAUGGCAGACAAGCCCAGCCUGAUGCUGCUGAUGACCUUCCCAGUGGCUUCUCAAGGCAUGAUCUACAGCGACCUCAACUUCUGACCCUGGAGUGGGGUGACAACCAUGAACCCGGAGCCUGUGCUGAGCUGGACCCUGGAUGGGAAGCUGUGUGGGGCUGGGGAGAGGCUGUUCAUCUGGCGACUGCCCCCACAGCAUGGGCCAUAGAUAUGCAUGGCCAGAAACGACAAAGAACAGCUGGUCUCAGAGUCAGUGACUGUCUCAUUGCCAGAAGUCACUGUGGCUCCCAUGGAUGCUGAUCCCAUUGAGCCAGAAUGCCUCCCUCUGUUCCUGUCUGGAGGAUCUGCCACUGGCCUCAUUGUGGCAGCCACCUUGGGAAGCCUACCACUGAUCAGAGCUGCCUGUUCCCACUUGGUUCAGAGGCUGAAGGUAGUUAUGUAUGCCCCGAGACCCCUACCCCACCUGUUCACCCAAUGA